UUAUAUAUGGUAUAUAGGUUACUUGAAGUGCUUAUUUGGGGAGUGUCACGUAAAUAUCCAGUCUAAUUUUUGCAUAUAAAAGCGCUCGUUGCGGUCAGCUAAAUCAUAGUUUGAUUGAUUAACCUAACCAACAAAACUAACUGUUCAACAUGAAGUUCCUGAUUGCCUUCGCUGUCCUCGCCCUGGUCGCCUGCAUUAAUGCCAAUCCCUAUGGCAGCAACCGUGGCUAUGAAGGUGGCCGCGUCGCCUACGUUCAGGAGGUUGGUUAUGGCGGCAGCUCCUAUGGCAACCAGGGCCAUGGCAACCAUGGCUAUGGCAACCAAGGCUAUGGCAACCGCGGCUAUGCGCAGCCCCUGUACUCGCGCUCAUCGAACCCCAGUGCCUCGGCCGCUGCUGCCGCUGCCUCGGCUGGCAUCCGCCCCGGCAGGUACGAGCAGGCUGCCGUCAUCGGCUACGAUCUGGACGCCAGCUACAACGGCCACAGCCGCGGCGGCUAUGGACGUGGUGGCUAUUAACUCAGCCACAUCCAAUUGAGCCAAUGACCUCAUUGUUCAAUGGAUCAGGUCAAGCAGCAACUGUUGAGAAAAUAAAUCAAAACCGCUGAAAGCCGCGGAGCAUGUUGAACAAAAAACCAAA